UAUCGAACGCGUGCACGCGCGGACCUCCGUACUCUCGCACCCGCGAUGCGCGCGAAUUCGACUUGGGCGCGCAAUUUUUAGGUUAGCAGUCGGAUGUCACGGCGGAGUAAAGUCUCAAGGAUGACGGGACGCUCGGGGAAGCGUCGUGUGUCUGUCAGUGACACGUUUGUUUCCCUGCCAGUCUCUUGAAUAAUGGGGGUGUGCGGCUUGUGGAAGUUGCUCGAGGCGUCCGGGAAGCCGGUACCCUUGGAGAGCCUCGAGGGCAAGGUCCUGGCGAUCGAUAUAUCGAUAUGGAUAUACCAAGUGCUGCAAGGAUACCAGGAUCGUCAUGGCGCGCCUAGACCCAAUGCCCAUUUACUCGGAUUGUUCGUUAGGAUCUGCAAACUCCUGUACUACAGGAUCAAGCCCGUUUUCGUCUUUGACGGAGGUGUGCCCAUGCUGAAGAAGAAUACGAUUGCCUCGCGCAGGAAGCAGAAAUCUAUUGCCACGAGUAAGGCGCAGAAGAUGAAGACAGAUUUGAUACACAACUUGAUAAAGCACAGCGUUGUAAAAACCGCUCUUAACAAGGAUUCCAAGGAUCAGAACGGCGGGGCGAUACAAAUAAUGAUAAAUAUGCAGACGAAACGCCCCGACGAGGAUAUGUUCGCUCUACCCGACAUACCUGACGUCAGCGGCGCCCAGAGUUACGUCGACGACGACGAAUACGAUUCCGACACCGUUGCCGAACUGAGCCCGCGGAAGCAGUCUAAAUGGAUGGGCAACAUACAUAACGUCGACGUAACCAGCGGCGAAUUUAAAGCGUUACCCGCGGACGUUCGUUACGACAUACUCACCGACCUUAAAGAAACGAGGAAACAAAAUUCCUGGGGCCGUUUGCACGAGAUGCCUCAAGAGUCGCACGAGUUCUCAGGCUUCCAGUUGAAACGUUUGCUUAAACGUAGACACGUGCAAGAGUCUUUAGAGUCCGCCGAGAAGGAAAUGGGCGGAAAGACAUUGACGUUGGAGGAGUUGGAGAAACUACUGACUGAGCAGGGUAUCGAUACAAAGGGCAGAGACGCGGCUUUUCGAAUAGCCGCAGAUAAUACAACCAGAUUGAUUUAUAUCAGCGACAAGAACGCGUUAGCAACGAGAUCUGUUGCGAGCGAAUCGGAGGUGGAUAAAAGUGUUACGUUGCAAGAUGCAAAUGAAGAAGUCGAACCCGUUGCCGGCCCAAGUAAACCCACCACGUCAAUCGCAGAGAACAUUAACGAGUAUGAAUUGAACGAUUCCGACAGUGAGGCCGAUGUCCCAAUCUAUGAUGAUUCUCUGUCUAUCGUCGAGAAUAUAAAUGAAUACACGUUCGACAGCGACUGGGAAUCUGAGAAUGAUAUAAACGAAUCAUUGGCAUUAUUAGGGAAGCGCACGACGAAUCCCGCAUUAACGUACAUGUUGGAGUACAGCGACCUGUCCCAGAAUCAGAUCAUGAAUCUUAUCAAACGUAAUAAAGAUAAAAGUCCUAAAACUGCGAGCGUAGGCGUGAAAGCGGCCGCGAAAAAUAUUUGUAUAGAAUUGACAGAAGACGCGAAACCAGAGGAUGAUAAAUCGAUGUUAACACCUCCUGAAAAUGGCGAGGAAGCUUUGGAAUCCGCGGAAUCGCAGAAUAUAAAAGAUACAUGUACGGCUAAAGAGAAUGUAGCCGUUGAAUCGAUCCCGUCCAGUCCAGAAUCGGACAAUCUUGUUGAAGUUGAACCAUUAGAAGACAAUGCCGAGGCUUUAAAUAUUAUUACAUCCGACGUCUCGAGUCCGGACAAAGGAAUAACGCUUGAGGAACAGUCCUCUGCCGCGAAGUCGAACGACGUGACGCAAAUGGACACGUCAGAUUCCGAUUGUGACGAUUUCAUCGAGAUCCACGACGUCCCGAUACACGAUAUGAACAUUUCAAGGAAUAUUGCGAAGAACAAGGAUAUCGAGAUAACAUUCAAGUCUGAUAAAAAACCAGAGGACGACAUGUUUGCCGAUAUAUUUGAAAAAGAAUAUAAAGAGGAAGUUGCUCUAACGAAUUCAGAGCAAGCACGGUUUGCCGAUACAGUGAACAGGGAACAGCAAGCAGAAUUGAUUUCUCAAAACGGUAAUAAUUUGAAGGCUGGUGUCUUGGAUACCAUACUUGAGGAGUCGAUCGAGGAAGAAGCAAAAACUGAGUUGCCAGAAACUCUUCAGCCAAGCGAGAAUAUGUCAAACGACGAGGACAAAAUAUUAGACACUCGGAAUUCCGAUAAAUCGAUGGAGCGAGAUAGUACAGACGUGCCUGCUCAAGUAAGUCCUCUUGACGAAUAUGUACAGGAAAAGCCAGCGGUGUUACCCACUAAUAAGGAAGAUUUGAAAGAAUUGAAGGGACAACUAGAGGACGAGCAGGAAGAGCUUGCAAAAGGCAUCGGCAAACUCGAGAGGCAAGCCACCAACAUCUCCGAGCAAAUUAGAAUCGAUGCGCAGGAGCUGCUACGUUUGUUCGGCAUACCGUACAUAGUGGCUCCCAUGGAAGCGGAAGCGCAGUGCGCGCAUUUGGAACAAAUUAAACUAAUCGACGGCACGAUAACGGACGACUCCGAUAUCUGGCUUUUUGGAGGCCAGUGCGUGUACAAGAAUUUUUUCAACCACAACAAAAAAGUAUUGCAAUUUCGUUCCUGCGAUAUUCAACAGCACUUUCGACUCGGCCGCAAUCAAUUGAUACAAUUGGCCCUUUUGGUUGGCAGCGAUUAUACCACCGGGGUGGCUGGCGUCGGGCCAGUUACCGCGCUAGAAAUAUUAGCCACGUUUCCGGCCGAUGGAGAUAACGUAUUACACGGGUUACAUAAUUUUUCCUCGUGGAUAAAGAAGGGAAUGAUUGCCGUACCUGGGAAAACGGGCUUACGCAAUAAAUUGCGAAACAUGAAAUUGGACAGAGAUUUCCCAAAUCAAGCGGUCGUCCAAGCGUAUCUCUUUCCCACGGUCGACGAAUCUAGGGAAACUUUUACCUGGGGUAAGCCGAACGUCGUGCUUCUCUGCGACUACGCCAGAGAGAAAUUCGGCUGGACAAAGGGCAAAUUCGACGACACGAUGAUACCGGUGUUGAGGAGAAUGGAAGAGAAGAGGAGUCAAAAAUUAUUGGAUAUGUACUUCGAUGCGAAAGCGUCUCCGCGCUCGAUCGAACCGAACUUGAGUAAGAGAGUGCAGAAGGCCCUACGCAGAUUAAACAACGACCACGUAAAUGCGGACGGCAACGUGGACGACAACGAGGACGGCAGACCUCGAGUUAAGAAAAGCAAAAAGAGCAAUGCUGCCGAAAAGUCGAGCGGAGAGAAGAAUUCGGUUACCGAGGAACUUGAGGUGUCGACUCGUCAGAGUACACCGCCUGUUAAAACGAUCUCCGAGGUAGUUGCUGAAGCCGUUGUUGAAAAGAAAUCUAUCGGGGAAUACAUACCGCAACGAGAGAAAGAUAAGGCGUGCGCGUUAGAAAGGAAAUUGCACGCUAUAGAGGUGUUUAGAAAAUCAAAACGUGGCCUGAGCAAAACGAAGAAGGUGAGAUGCAAGGUGCGAAAAGUCAAGGAACGGGCGGAACUAUCGGAGAGCGAUAGCAACUAGACCUGUUCGGUGAAAGAAGAAUAAUUGCACUCAGUCUCACACAGCACAGAAAGAUUGCAGGAAGAUUGCAGAAAUGCAAAAGGCCCGGAUGUAUAUGCAAUUAGUAAAUUAUCUGCUUGUGUACAACAACAAAUUAUUCCAAAAAUAUUGCACCGCAACAUUGCUAUAAUGUUGCAUUGCAAUCUUUCUGAG